CCGAAUGACUCCCAAGCAGAAUGAUGAUUGGAAGAAAACUCAAUGUGGAUGUCAUCUUUUUCCAACACUGUGCAGAAUGGAUUCGACAGCACAAGAUUUGAAGGGAUAUCACAACCAGUUCUUCCUCCACCUCCACCUGGGGUAGCUGCUAAUGCUGCACAGUUGGCUGCCAUGGCGAACCAUAGCGUCGCAUUAUCACAAAAGAAGGGAUCGUUCUUAGGGAGUGGAACAGAAGGUGGCUACACAUUUUGGUAAAAAAAACAGCAUCACAAAAUCAAAAAAAUCAGGCACGUGAAGCAAUGAAGUUGUGAUUUAAAGUGUGUAAAUGAAAUAAAAUAUGGGGGUAAAGAAUAAAGAAUCAGAGACAGUGUUGUUUAGAUCGGUGCAGGCACAAAAAAAACUUGACGAUCUCUAAAACUAAAUUUUAAACCGCAAAAUAUUGUGUCCUUGUAAAGAGCCGAUUUUCAAUGAAAAUAAAAAAAUAGAAAAUG